CUUGGAUUCCCCUCGCAGCACACAUAGAAGGACCGUUCAGGAUUAAUCUGAAAAAAUAUCCCACAUCCUGAGACCAAAGAAGAAGUGCUUGUUAAAGAAGCCACAAGAGCUGAAGCAGCAUGGGAGACUGGAAAGCUUACAUCAAUACAGUCCUGAAAGACAAGAAUAUUGAAGACAUAGCAAUCGUUGGACAUUCUGACAAUAAGUGUGUAUGGGCAUCUAAACCAGGAGGUCUGUUGGCAGCCAUUUCUCCUCAGGAAGUUGGGCUGAUCACUGGGCAGGAUAGAAAAUCUUUCCUACAAACUGGGAUCACCAUUGCUGGAAAAAAGUGCAGUGUGAUCCGUGACAACUUGUUAUUAGAAAAAGAUGCUGUCAUGGACACCCGAACCAAAGGUGGUGACAGUAGGUCCAUCUGCAUUGGGAAAUCUUCCAAAGCUCUUAUCUUUCUCAUGGGCAAAAAGGGGGUCCAUGGAGGAGCCCUGAACAAGAAAGUGCAUGAUAUGAUAGCAAGCAUGAAGGCAAAAGGCAGCUAGAUAUAGGGAUUUGCCUGAAUCGCUUUUCUCCUGAAAGGAGGACAUGGGGAAAGUAUUGGUCCUUGAAAUAAAAGCAU